CCAAAUUUUCAAGCAUAUUCAAACGCGCAUUUUGUACGUACAGCUGAUAUAUCUAGUUUUUUACAUUGAAAAUUACGUUCUCUUAUUUAAUUAUAACAUAAAAACUUUUAUACAUCAGAAAAUAAAGUACACAUUGCCUUGAAAACAAUUUAAACCUCAGUCAAAUAUAUGAAGUAAAAUGGCUGCAAAAGUUUCGAUUGAAAAUCAAAUCCAAGAUCAUUUAUCCCGCAAAAUUAUAGCUAUCAAUUCAGACGCCGCGGACGCCAAACAAGAAACUGAGAUUCCGCCUAUUUUGAUUGAACUUGCAGGGCUAUUUUACAACCACAAAACGAGCUCCCAUACUUCAUUCGUUGUGGGAAAAAUUUGGGAAAGUGAACUUAUUCCAGCAUGUAUUACCUGUUUGAACUGUGACUAUGCCAAAGUACAGGGAAGCUGGCAGGUGGCGGCAGAUCUGGCACGAUUUUUGCAGACUUUCUUCAGUGUUGCCAUUCAUCAUGCAACGGAAAGCCAGUUAAAAGAAAUGAAUGAAGAGUUGAUUCCUAGUCUGAUCAACAACUGUGUGUUGUUGUGUCGGAGAAUACAGACUAGGUAUGAGAUGAUAGCACUGAGUGUGUCACCACAGAAGCAGAUGUUCAUGUCUGCUUUCAAAUCCGUCAUCGACACCCUCGAAAAGCUUGUCAGUAGGACUCCUUUCCUCUCACGGUGUGUGAUUGAGAACUCGUACCUGCUGAAGAUGUUGUUCAGCGAGGAGCCAGACAGUCUGUGUCUUGUGUUGGACUCAAUAUCCAGACUGGCAAACUACUGCGGACGAGAGGAAUUUGCAAAGAUACCAGAGGUCACUAUAUACGCUCUGUUGGAUGAAAUGGUGUACAAGCUGUCUGAGUUUGAGUCCCCAGUGCCAGUUGCAGCUGCUGUCACCCGGACCCUAGUAGAACUCACCCACGUAUAUCCCAGGGCAGGAGAUGCCUUCUUCACCAGAUAUAAAGGUAUUCGGUUCAUAAUCACCAGAUGGACUGGAAAGGGAUUCGGCCAAGAGCAACAAAAACUGCUCAACUUCCUGGACUCCCAAAUGAGACACAUGAAGGAGAUGGAGAGAUUCCACCGGGCAGCUAUGAUCAUUCAAAAGACGUAUAGGGGAUUCAAAGCGAGAGUCAAAUUGUCAGAAUUGAAACGAAGCAGAAAACAGGGCGAAGUGGAGGAGAAAGUAGAAAGUGAAAAGAAAGAACUGGAUCGGAGGCGAGAUUUAGAAGAGAAAGAUCUGAAGCUUCAGAUGCAGAUGAUGCGUCACAGGAACGUGAGACAGGUGCAAGAGGAGCGACUGUACUUGACUGAGAGGAUGCGGGCAAAGGAGAUUGACAAGUACCUGCAGCAGAGUGAGCAAGAGGCGGCUGUCAGGAUUCAGAGUCAGUGGAGGGGGUACAAGAGCAAGCAGCAGUUCAACACUCAGCGACAGGGCAUGAGGAGGUUGAAGGCCACCAUUACUCUCCAAAGAUGGGCUCGUCGCUGUCUUGCCAAAGUGGACCAGAGGAGGAUGUUGAGAGGGAAGAAGGUGUGGUCCGCAGACGGCAUCUCAGAGUCCAGAAGGGCCGAAUUACAACAGAAAAUUGAGGAGUUUCGAGAGCGACUGUAUAUUACUCCGAGAAGCAGAGCCGAGGAUGAGAUCCAGUUUAACAAAGCCCAAGACUUACUCAGACAACAGAUCAAAAUGAGCAGAGUGAGAGCCAAAGCCGAUAUUCGAAGAGACACUCUCGUCGCCAAAAUGAAAGUGGACUCGCAAUUGAUACGAGAGGCACCCUCAUUGGACGACGAACUAACCGAUGACGUCAUCAAUCAGUACCUCAACCCAUGCGCACCUGUGGCACUGAGUGCAAAAAACGCGCAUUUAAAUAGCUUGGCUAGCGAGAAGUUGCCAUGGUAUAAAAAGUUAGACUCAAAUUCGCAACUAGAUUUCGAAGACACUUAUUCUAUCCGCGCGAAUAUUGAGAGGCAAAUUGAUAAAAUUGUAAAGUAUUAAACGCAAUAGGAUAUAUAUUAUGUUGUUUUAAAAUUCAUUUUUCAAAUGACAGCAAAGAGUCCUCAACAACUUACUCAGAUUCUCUUCAGUUCUUGACUUUAAAUUUCAGAUAACUCAGACCUGUGAAAAUGAAAUUUUAAA